UCAAUGUCAAGAAAUCCAAAUAAUGAUUCACAGAAAUAUUGUAAAAAGUUAAUUGGAAAUUCAGAGGAAAGUUUCCAACCUCCUCAUCCUGAUUUGAGAAGUUCUAACCAAGGGGUCGAUUUCCAGUUACCCCAUUUAUUCUAUAAAGAAAACGCGAAUAUAAAACAAGGAGAAAAUUUGCAAACUCCUAUUGAAUCAAUAAAACAGAAAUUGACAGAAAAAAGUAGAAACAUUGAAAGGUCCCCUGAAUUCUUAAAGGAAGUUAAUAAAUUAGACCAUCUAGAACAGAAUUUUACACAUGCUAUAGAAAAGAUUACAGAAAAGGAAAGCAAGAAUCGAAAAGAAAUAUGUAAGUCCUCGUACGAGAAUAAUGAGACACAUCAAAUAAAAAGGGACAAGGAGAAUGAAAUUCGCGAUGUCAAAGAUAAUAUAAAUCUUGCCGAAAGGAUAAAUGAUGCACCAGUUGUUGAUCUCCAAAUUUCACCUAACUGUAAUAAUUUUUUACAGCCCAACAGUCCGGAGAAUAUAAAAAAUGUUAAACCUAAUCAGUAUGUCAAGUUGCAUAUCGCUCCGUUUUCAGAUUCAUCAUUCACCAGUUUCCCUAGACAAAACUGUGACAUAACCUUUGACUUAAACAGGGAAACGAGACUACAUCACCCCGGGAAAACUCUUAUUAUCGAACUUGAUAAAAACACCAAGAAUCCAGCUUUAAACGCUAACGUUCCCAAGAUAAAUCCAAUCGACCUUUUUAACGAUAACCGAUUAGGCGAACUAUUGACUCUGAUUAAAUUGGACUACUUAAAUCCAGAAGAAACUGAUAAUGUAACAAUAUUGAUUAAAAAUCAUCAAGACUGCUUCCAAUUGCCAGGAGAACAACUUACCUAUACGCACGUACUGCAACAUCAAAUACCGACUACAGACGAUUAUCCGAUUAACACAAAGCAGUAUAGAUUUCCUCAAAUUCAUAAGAUUGAAAUAAAUAAACAAGUUCAGGAAUUACUAAAUAGUGGUAUUAUACGACAUUCACAAUCGCCCUAUAAUACUCCUAUUUGGAUUGUGCCUAAAAAAGAGGAUUCCCAAGGCAACAAACGAUGGCGUAUGGUUUUGGAUUUUCGAGCAUUGAAUAAUAAGACUAUCGGAGAUGCUUAUCCGUUACCCAAUAUAAUUGACAUCCUCGAUCAACUCGGUGGAGCGCGAUACUUUUCUGUUUUUGAUUUGGCAUCCGGGUUUCAUCAAAUCAAGAUGGAUCCGCACGAUCGGCAUAAAACCGCUUUUACCACUCCUUUCGGACAUUACGAGUUUAACCGCAUGCCUUUCGGAUUAAAAAAUGCUCCCGCGACCUUUCAAAGGUUAAUGGAUAUAGUUUUAUCAGGGAUACAAGGACAGGAAGCUUUUGUUUACUUAGACGAUAUCGUCGUAUAUGCAUCCUCCUUGGAAGAACAUAAAUAUAAAUUCGAAAAAUUAAUAAAAAAACUCAAGGAAGCCAAUCUAAAAUUACAGCCGGAUAAAUGCAAAUUCUUACAAAAGGAAGUCAGUUACUUGGGACACGUAAUUAGCAGUAAGGGCGUUAAGCCUGACCCGAGAAAACUCGAAGCGGUACGCGAAUUUCCAACACCAAAAACGUCGAAAAACGUCAAGCAAUUUCUGGGACUAGCUGGAUACUAUAGAAGAUUUAUUCCGGAAUUUUCAAAAUUAGCACGACCUUUGACACAGUUAUUGAAACUCGAAACCCCAUUCCAAUGGGGAUACGCACAGCAAGAGUCGUUUAAUAUUCUUAAAAAUGAGCUUUGUAAAGAACCGGUAUUGCAGUACCCAGAUUUUUCGAGACCAUUUAUAUUAACUACCGACGCUUCAGGUUACGCAAUAGGCGGAAUAUUAUCUCAAGGAAUCAUUAACAAAGAUCAGCCAAUAGCAUACGCAUCUCGUACACUGAGCGAUAACGAACUAAAGUACGAUACCUACGAAAAGGAAGCACUAGCAAUUAUAUAUUGCGUCAAACAUUUCAGACCAUAUCUAUACGGAAGAAAGUUCACACUUGUAACAGAUCACAAGCCCUUAAUGUGGUUCAAAAACGCUCAGGAUGCGAACAUGCGAAUCCUUCGCUGGAGACUAAAAUUAGCAGAAUACGAAUACGAAGUAGUCUAUAAGUCCGGUAGAACAAAUGUAAACGCAGACGCCUUAUCACGAAAUCCGGUAGACUUAUCAUCAGAAGUUUGUAAAAUAAUUAAUCCUAAAAUUAAAUUGAAUCCAACCGAUCCAAAAGAUGUAGAGAUUAUACGACAAUUACUCGAGAAAGAAGAUACUGAAGAAUCAGAAGACGAAGACAUUCCUCAUACAUACGUACAUGAUGAUCACCCACUGUCCGAAAUUCCUCCCUCAGAAAUUACAUCAUUUAAUCCGGAAGAAUUAGCAGAUUCUUCGACAGGUGAAACAAUAGAAGCGCUUGCCCACGUGCCUGAAACCACCGACCCAGAGGACAAAAAGCAGGUAGACAAAAUCGAGACUCAACGGCCUAUGUUGACCCGCAGUAGAGCUAAACAAAAAAUGCAGACAAUCACGCCUGACAAAGACAUAAACUUAAAGAGACACAACAUACCACCGAGACCGCUACCCAUGGAUACCGACGAGGAAAGUGAAGACGAAUUGCCCACUAUAAUCACAAGAAAACCACGCAUAAUUGAUAUUCAAACUAGAGCAAACAACCUUGUUGAAUCCAGGGAUCUGCACUUUUUACGCAAGGAUAACCUGUUAUAUUUUACCGACAUUUUGGGAAAUCCUUUAGACUCUGGUGCCCUUAAAUUAUUUGAACGACAGGAAAUACCUAAGUUAACAGGAUUGUCCCUGGGAAUUGCAAAACUGAUUAAAAGAUACCAAAGAUAUCAUAUUAUAUUACCCAUUAGCGAAGAUCAGCAAGAAGGACCUACCAGGAUUUUGAAUAAUAUAUACCAAGGAAUCACCAAUUUGCGAAAAAUAGCAGAGAAUCUGAAACUCUCAAGCAUAAGUGUCGCUAAAAGCGAACACAUACUAAACGUUCCUUGGAACGAUAUUAAAACUAAAUUUCAGACAGGAUUUUUUGGCUCAGAUGUGCGGAUAAUCUUCUGCAAUGGACUAAUCAAGUACCCACCUAGGGAUAUACGAUUCGCAAUCCUUCAAGAAAUGCACAGUACACCUGUAGGAGGACAUAGAGGAGUUACCAAAACUUACAAUAGGAUACGUCAAAACUACUACUGGGAACAUCUGAAGGAAGAUGUUCGGCAAUAUAUUCGACAGUGUCUACAAUGUCAACUGAAGAAAUUAGUUCGAGUAAAAACCAAGCAACCAAUGAUAAUAACCGACACUCCAGGAUGGACGUUCGAUAAAAUCGCCAUGGAUAUAGUUGGACCACUACCACGAACUAAGAGCUGUACUCACCGAUCAAGGACGAAAUUUCAUUAGCGACCUGAUGAAAAAAUUAGCAAGAUAUUACAAAAUACGGAAAUUUAGGACCACUGCAUUUCAUCCUCAAUCAAAUGGGUCCUUAGAAAGAUCUCAUCACGCACUAGGAGAAUAUCUAAAGCAAUAUGUUAAUAGCGAAAAGGAAUGGG